GAAGUAGAAAGUAAGUUACCAGGCUCUUAUUAUAAGUACUUAAAUAUUUUUAGUAAAAUAACAGUAAAUACUUUACUAUUUUAUUACCCGGGGGUGGACCAUGCCAUUAAGAUAAUUAAGAAUAUUAAAAGAAAGGAAAAGAAGAUUUCUUAG